ACAAUUAGAAUAUUCGCUCUCGAUUUCUAUGCGUGAUAUUUGACUCGGGCUGCAUGUCCUCUUACACCACGUACCUAGUGUAAUGUUCCGACUGGUUCCGAGCGCUUGCACCGAAGAAGAACGGCCAGACGAACGGCAUACUUUUCGCCCCCGACCACGUGACCAAAAAACGAUUGAAGUUGUGGUCUUCGUUUCUUUCCGUUUAGUUCAAAUGGCUAAUUCUGUGGCUUCUGCAGUCGCCAUUGUAGUUGUUGUGGCAGGAUAUCUUUACUACCGGAACAUGGCAAGUCAAGAUCAACGUAUUCAAGCAGUUUUGGACGGACUGAAAUCUUUGGAACAGGAAAAUCCAGUUGUUGGGUCACCUAAAGUGGCUACCUGUUUUGAAGCAACUAUGGAUUAUUUCGUUGACUCUGUGGGGUUGUUAGAAGCACUGAAACUUGAACCUCCCCGGGAAGCAAUACCUCAUGACGUUGUGAAAACCGAAAAGGAACUUCUGGAAACAUUUGCUUUCUUUUUCAAUCACAGCGCAGCUUCAUCGAAAUAGAGAUUAUUCUUCGACCACUAUGUUGACCCAAAAAUCCAAAUUUGAAGAAAAUUGCCGACCUGAAGGUAUACUGUUACCUGAAAAGCCCCAUGUGGUGGAGGCAUUCGAACUCCAGGACCAGGUAAAUCAAAAGCUGCCUCGUGUCCCUUGUUUAGUGCGAAGGUAUCCAUGGCCAAACCAAACAAGUGUAAUGCAAACGUAACGCUAGAUCAAGUAAACAGGAUACAUUUUUACUUCCAUUAAUUUUAAGAAGAAUUAUGGCAUUAACUCUGCACUGCUGCAAAUCAGAGUUGACCAAAUCAUUAACAUGGUUGCUAAGUACAGUCCAAAAUCCUUGAUGGCAAAUUUGAUGUCGUGCUUGCACAUUGCAACAAAGUAUUGCAUCCAUCCCAUCAUUACCUCUUGGGUGUGAAGUGGCAGAAUCUGGUCUAUGUGGACUCAGCUCUUCCCUUUUGGGCUCUGUUCUCCCCCAUAUGUCUUCUAUUCCAUGGUUGACAUGGUGAAGUGGAUCCUCCUCAGUCCCUACCAUGUGUCAGAUCUCCUGCAAUACUUAGAUGACUUCCCUCCCAACUUUAACCAAUCUGCUCUAAACCUGGCAACUUCUGUGGCAGUUUGUAAAUGAUUAGGCCUCCCCCUUCACCCCAACAAGUGUGUAGGUCCUUCAUCUUGACGUGUGGUCUUAGGUAUCGAAUUGGACUCUGUGGCUCGGGGGGCAUGUCUUCCUACAGAAAAACUUCUCGCUUUGCAGGAAUUAGUACAUAUUAAUACAUAUUAUAUAUUAUAAUAUAAUAUGUAUAUUAUUAUUGUAGCACCCUGGCAAGACUUGUCACAACGACUUUCAUAAAAUUUAUCAUUUAUUAGGUUGUUUCCGAUCGAAGCAUUGUGACAUCAAUCUUUCGCCUUACAGAUAGAAGUUGGAGGGGUCUUUGUUUUCGAGGUCUACAUUUUCAACGGGGUCUUCAUUUUCUAGGGGUCUUCAGUCUUCGGUCUUUGUUUUCUAGACACCCUGGUCCGAGGAAGUUCAACCAGGGCUCAACACUAUUAAACUUUUCAAUCUUCUACCCUAGUAGCUAGUGACAACUUAGAUGUUACUAGCCAAAAAAUAUUUACUAGCCAAGCGUUGACAUUGGCUAGUUCCAAUUACUAGCAAGACUGGAAAGCACAACACAAGUGACAGAUUCUAAUCGAAAAUUAGAACAGCCACCUGUGAUGAACGCUGAAGCGGAAUUGGACAGAUCCUUUUUAGUGCAGAGUGCACUAUUGGGAUGGUUUAGGGGGUUGCUGUUCGCUAAGGCACUGAUGCACUAAGCCAUAACACCAUAACGCCAUAAGGUGUAAACUUUAAUGUUUGUUUAAAGUGUAUAUGACACAAUUUAUUUUUUCCGCUGAUUCUGGUAGUUAAUAAUGUUAGAAAAAUGGUGGUAGAGUUUUUAGAUCGUGAGAAUAUUUUGAAACCCCUUUUUUUUCAUUCGAAAUAUGCGUUACUUUCAUGUUGAAAUUGUCCCAGAGAUCGCGCGGCCAAAAUGUCACAUGAUUUACGUCUGUGACGUCACUGUGUUUGAUAAACAAACCAACAUGGCUGAAGGCGAAGGGAAACACUUGAAGCAUGGGGGUCGAUAUUGUGUGGCUGGAGCGCCGAAUGGUCAAAGUUGCAAGAAUACUAGUUACACACCAGGCGUAAUGAUGCACGAUUUCCUGAAAAAUCCGACAGUUAGGGCGAAAUGGGUUAAAUUCAUCCAGAGGCAUCGCAUGGAUUUUGCCGAACCAGUUGUGAAAUAUACUUUGUUGUGUUCAGUUCAUUUCGAGCAGAGUUGUUUUGAGAAUGACCUAGCUUGGUCCAUGGGAUUGA